GUGUUGGCACAACCUGGAGAAGAAAUGAGCCCCGCAGAUGCAUCUAACAGCACGGCAGAAUGGGAGCCUGAUGAAGUCGGUUUGUUGAAUCUGCCCAAUGGAAGCAUGGAUUUAAACCAACAUGGUUUCCACUCAGACAUUACCAAGCACCUUGCAGUGCAGAUCACCCUCAUCACAGCGUAUUCUCUCAUCAUCCUGCUGGGACUUCUCGGGAAUGCUCUUGUUAUUUACAUGAUCAUCCGCUACAGAAACAUGCGAACUGUUACCAAUUUCUUCAUUGCCAACUUGGCACUCGCAGAUUUGCUGGUGGACACUUUGUGCCUGCCCUUCACGCUGGUCUACACCCUGCUAGAUGAGUGGAAGUUCGGUGCGCUGCUGUGCCAUAUGGUGCCCUUCGCCCAGGCUCUGAGCGUGCAUGUAUCCAUCCUGACUCUGACGGUCAUUGCUCUGGAGCGGUACCGUUGCAUCGUCUUCUACUUGGGCCAGCGCCUCACGUGGCAGUCCAGCUUUCUCAUCAUGGCUUUCACUUGGACCAUCUCAGCGAUCCUGGCGGCACCCCUGGCUAUCUUCAGAGAGUACCGCUAUGAAGAGAUCCCCUCCGUUAAUCUACACUUUGCCGUGUGUUUCGAGAAGUGGCCGCACGGGACCGGCAGGGAUGGCGUCAUCUACAGCCUUUCCAUGCUGCUUCUACAGUACAUUAUCCCUCUAGCAGUCAUCAGUUAUGCUUAUAUUUGCAUCUGGGUCAAGUUGAAGAAUCACAUCAGCCCAUCUACUCGCAAUGAUAGCAUCAUGCGUCGCAAAAAGACCACUAAGAUGUUGGCUCUGGUGGUGGUAGUGUUUGCCAUCUGCUGGUUGCCCUUCCAUGUAUUUCAGCUGGCCAGCGAUCUGGACCUGGUUCUCAUGUUCGAGGAGUAUAAAUUGAUUUACACAGUGUUCCAUAUUGUCGCUAUGUGUUCCACUUUUGCUAACCCGCUCCUCUACGGUUGGAUGAAUAAGAACUAUAGAAAUGGAUUCUUAAUGGUUUUCCGCUGUGAGGAUAAGCCAGAUUCUUUCCAUCCCGAGGGGUCCUUUAGAACUCGCUCUAUGAGGCGACAAACGCUCAACGGUCGUAAUGGUGGACACCCGCCGACUGCUGUAUGA